AUGUCUAUCAAUUCCAGCACGUACCCUAAGGCGCUGGUUGUCGCGCUGCUUGUAUCUUUAACUACAAGCGUGAUCAGCGCAGAAGCAACACAUGAGGGCGUCGUGCGCAGCUCAGGCGCUUUACCUAGGCUGGAUGCGGCUUAUACCCCGGGUUCGAUCGAGCAGUACUCAAGGUCAAGUGGAAACAUAACAACAAGUGACGACACCUUGAUUUAUGGAGAGAGGAAAAACCCUUCAGGAACCGCUACUAUUCUAAAGCGACGUCUGCAAGUCAUCGGCGAAGAACUUCAAAAGGAGUUGUCGCGUUUGCGAGAGAAGUUGUCGCGGGUGCAAAAGGACUUGGUGAACCCUGACUCGGUGAUAGCCGAUCUACUUGAUAGCUUUUCCUAUACCAAGUGGAUCGAUGUCACCAUAGGAAGCCAUCCGGAAUCUUCAGAGGCAUUACAGUCCUUGUACUUGACCUUGUCACAUCAUUUCGGUAGCGAUGCUGCUCUGGCCGAAGCAAUGACAAGAAUAAGUGGCGUCCGUGCAAAUUAUUUCACCGAAGAAGUGUUACAUGCCCAGGUCCAGUGGUGGAUAAAAGAAAAGAAAACGACAGACGAAGUUUUCACGCUUUUGAAGCUCGACCAAACAAAUGGCAACCCAUUUGCAAGUCCAAUCUUUUCGCAGUGGAAAGCUUUCAUCACUUCAAAAAAUUUAGAGAACCCGGAACCUGAAGAAGCGGCAACUCGCGAAAUGUUCGACUGCUUGUCAAGUCAUUACAAGGACGACGUUGUUCUGAUAAAGAUUCUUGAUGCAGAAUAUGAACUCGACAGUGCUUUGAGUAAUACUGCCGAUGAUUUACUUGAAGUUCAGGCCCAGAAGUGGAAAAACGAUCAUAAAACGGAGGAAGAUGUUUUUACGCUAUUGAUGCUCGACCAGACAGAUGUUGAGCAACUACUUGCAAGCCCAGCCUUUAUUCAAUGGACCAGAUUUGUUCAUCUAAACAGAACAGGAGCAUACACCUCAGACGCUUCGAUCGAUCCAGCUAUGAUAUUAGACGCUAUAAAACUUCAUUACAAAAACGAAGAUGCUGUGGUCGAGAUUCUAGUGGCAGGGAACGAUAUCAAAUCUGCGCGCUCUCUCCCUUUCGACCUGUUAUGCACCCAGCUCGAGAUGUGGUAUAUAGAAGACAAAACGCCGGAAGAUGUUUUCACGCUAUUGAGGCUCGAGAGUGCAGCUAGCAACCCGUUUAAAAGUCGAGUCUUUUCCAUAUGGUUCGACUUUGUCACUUUGGAUCACCCGGAAUCCAAGGAAGCGGUAAUUGACGUGAUGUUUAAGGCCAUGUCAAGUUAUUACAAGGACGAAGCUGCUAUGGUCGAGAUAAUGGUCGAGGUUCUAGUGACAGGGACCGAUAUCAGAUCUGCGCGUUCUCUCGCUUUCGACCUGCUAAACGUCCAACUCAAAGAGUGGCGUAACAAAGGAAAAACGCCGGAAGAUGUUUUCACGCUAUUGAGGCUCGAGAGUGCAGCUAGCAACCCAUUUGAAAGUCGAGUUUUUUCCACAUGGGUCGACUUCGUCACUUCGAACCACCCGGAAUCCAAAGAAGCGGUAAUUGACUUGAUGUUUAAGGCCAUGUCAAGUUAUUACAAGGACGAAGCUGCUAUGGUCGAGAAAAUGGUCGAGGUUCUAGUGACAGGGACCGAUAUCAGAUCUGCGCGUUCUCUCGCUUCCGACCUGCUAAACGUCCAACUCAAAGAGUGGCGUAACAAAGGAAAAACGCCGGAAGAUGUUUACAUGCUAUUGAAGCUCGAUAGGACACCUGGCAACCCAUUUGCAAGUCCAGUCUUUUCCAAAUGGUUCCACUUCGUCACUUUAGUAGAACCAGGACCCCUGGAAGCAGCAAUUGGCGUGAGUUUCGAGACCAUGUCAAGUCGCUACAAGGACGAUGCCCUUGUCAGUAUUCUCGUUGCAGGAUUGGAAAGCAAUUCUAUUAUCGCUGACCAUCUGCUAGAAUUUCAGCUCCUCAAGUGGGAAAACGAUGGUAAAACUGCGGAACAGGUUUCCACACUUUUGAAGCUUGACGAGUCAAGUCCUGAUUUUGAUAUGAUUGGGCUCGAAAUGGUUUGGGUAGAAUACGUUUACGUCCUCAUACGAAGCAACCCGGAUCUCUCCAACGUUCUCAUGACAGAUGCCACAAUGGCACGAAUUGCAAAAAUACUGGAUAGCGCACUCGCGAAAGACACGAAUUCGUUAGGACGACGGUUAUUGGAGUUGCGAGAUGAACAAUUCACGCAGUGGAUGCAGCGAGAAAUCACGCUGAAGAGCGCGAAGACAAUGCUUCUGAAAGAAGGUGUCGACAGAUUCACGAUCGAAAGAAUUGAAACAGAGUACGCCACAUUCCUACAGGAUUAUGAAAUGCGUUAUGAAGACUCACCACGUCGACUUAGACGAGUCUAA